AUGUUUAGCCAACUGACUAUCAGCGCCAUUGCCCUGAGCCUCCUGGCACUGUCCAGCUGCACUAACGCCGGAGUCAUCGACAAACGACAAAUUGCUCAGCCCAUCAUGAACGGCAUCAACUUCCCCGACCCAUCCGUAAUCCGCGUGACCUCAGGCUGGCACCUUUUCUCAACCAACGCCUGGUCCACCCCCUCCAACGGCAGCGUCCCAGCACCCCAAGUCCAACCAGCCGGCAGCAAGCUCAUCCACGUCCAACGAGCUUUCACCUCCGACUGGAAAACCUUCACAUACCUCCCCGGCGUCGACGCCCUCCCCUCCCUCCCCUCCUGGGCCAUAGCCGUCAACCCCCGAGUCUGGGCCCCAGACGUCGUCCGUCUCGACGAUGGAACGUUCGUAAUGUACUACUCCGUUGCGAUGAAGAACUUCCCACGAAAACACUGCCUCUCCUACGCCACGGCCAAAACUAUCACGGAGCCUUUCGUCGACAACUCCACGGCACCCUUCAUCUGCCCGGACCCAAUGACACAAGGCGGCGCCAUCGACGUCGCCGGCUACACUGAUGAAACCCGCACCGGAUCCCGCUACAUCGUCUACAAAGUCGACGGUAACGCCAUCGGACACGGUGGGAACUGCGGAAACACAGUAGCACCCAUCGUCCCCACGCCCAUUAUGCUGCAGCAAGUAGGACCCGACGGCGUCACACUAAUCGGCUCGCCCGUCCAAAUUCUGACAAACAUACCGAGCGAUGGGCCCUACGUCGAGGCUCCGGCGCUGACGUAUAUGAAUGGGAGAUACGUUCUCUUCUUCAGUAGUAAGUGCUACACAACCCCGGGCUACGACGUGCAGUACGCCAUCGCGGACAGGAUCACCGGGCCGUACGUGCGGAGCGGAACACUAUUCGCGACCGGAGUGCAGGGGAUGGUGGCGCCGGGGAGUAUGGAUGUCGCGAUUAACGGGGAGAGGGCGAUUUGGCAUGGGAAUUUUGGUGGGGGGAGGGCGGCGUAUGUUGCGUCGUUGAAGCUGGAGAAUGGGGUGGUGACGGCGACGUUUUGA